AUGGCGAUUCUCUUCCUCCCCACCUCCCUUCGCCAUGCCACCAUAGCCUUUUCACCCUGCGGGACCCAAUCCCUCCACCGCCGUUUCUCAACCUCUCCCCGCACCAUAUCCCCUUCACGUACCUACAAUGGCGCAUUGAAGCUCCUUGACUCUCUGCAGUCCAAUCGUGCGGUCACAACAUCGAUAUCGAGCUCGAGUGCUCCUGGCCAUAUGGACAAGAUCGCAAUCCCCGAGAUGCUUGAAUGGAUACGCAAAGCGGGGUACUCGGUCGAAGAUCUAGCAGCUCGCGGACUACGCGGUAUACACAUCGCGGGCACCAAAGGCAAGGGAAGCGUUUCUGUCAUGGUUGAGAAUAUACUGCUGCAAUACUGGCGUUCUGGCACCGUCAACGAUACCGGAAAAGCAAUGGGCAGGGUCGGGCUGUAUACAUCACCGCAUCUGAUACACGUUCGGGAACGGAUACGGAUUGACGGCUUGCCGAUUUCAGAAGUGUUGUUUAAGCACUACUUCUAUGAACUCUGGGAUCGCUUUUCUGGUGCCGCGGGUGUUGGGAAUGUGGGAGAGAUGCCGGGGUACUUUCGGUAUUUGACGAUUAUGGCUUUCCAUGUCUUCAUGCAGGAGGGUGUGGAAAGUGCGGUGAUCGAAUGCGGGAUUGGAGGGGAAUAUGAUAGUACGAACAUCUUGCCUGCGGAAGCUGUGACGGCAAGUGGGAUUACGAGUCUGGGGAUCGACCAUAAGGGGAUGCUGGGGGAGACUAUCGGGGAGAUUGCGUGGCACAAGGGGGGCAUUAUGAGGAAGGGUGUGCCGGCUUUCACGGUGCCGCAAGAUCCUGCUGCCAUGUUAAUCUUGGAAGAGAGGGCCUUUGAGAAAGAGACGGGGUUGACGGUUGUGGAGCGGUUGCCGGCUUUGAAAAACGAUGAAGUGAAGCUGGGGCUGGAAGGAGACUUUCAAAAGGAUAACGCGAGUUUGGCUAUAGCUCUCGCAUCCUCUCAUCUCCGGACUCUAGGAAUCGCUAAAGAUACAUCGACAGAUCUUCCAGAACCCUUUAUAGCUGGCCUCGAAACUGUCUCCUGGCCCGCCCGCUGCCAAUACAUCCCAGACGGGAAUACGGAAUGGUUCGUAGACGGGGCACACACUACUGAAUCCUUAACCGCAACAGCCCAAUGGUUUCGCUCCCGCCUUACCCUCGCCAGCGCCUCUCCAAACCCUCCCACAGCAACAAUGCUGAUCUUCAACCAAGCAGACCGGGACGCGACAGCGUUACUCAAGGAUCUGAUGACCGCGCUGCAGGAUCAAGCCCUCCAACAGACGGACGUGGAAGAGCGGCGGCGUCUGGCUCCGCAGCGGUGCAAAUUCACCUAUGCGGCGUUCUGCACGAAUAAGGUGCGGAAGACUAAGACGGAGCAGGAUCUGACGGUGCAGAAGGAUUUGGCGAACGUGUUCACGAUGUUGGAUGGGAAUCAGUUAUGCGGGGUGUACGGGAGCGUGGAUGAAGCUGUGCAUCUGGCGUAUAAAGUCAGUAAGAGGGAGGGGGAGAGGGUAUUGGUGCUUGUCACGGGGAGUUUGCACCUAGCGGGUGGUGUGCUGAAAGUGCUCGAGAGGAAGAUGGAGGCGAGGGGGAAGCUCAUGGGAAAGAAGGUGGAGAAGCCGACGGGAAAGAACAUGGGGGAAAGAACAGGGGAGAAGACGGGUAUGAAGACUGAGAAGAAGCGAGAGAAGACAGGAAAGAAACUGACCGGAAGGCCGACGGAGAAACUUAGAGGAAAUAAAAGAGGCAAAACAGAGAGAAACGUCCGGAAUGCUAAAUGA